AUUUUCAACUCCCGCGUUUUCUUACAUCUGUCAAAAGUUCAUCGUGUUUUGUUGAGAGUUGUAUUUAUUAUAUUAUUUGUUUGUAAGUGGUUUUUGUGAAUAGAUAAUUUAAUUAAUGUUAUAAAUAGUGUUAUUUAGUGUUUGAAAUAUGAAGACUAGUAAGUCGCCGGAGAAAACAGAAAUAACACCGUCGAAAAAAAAACUGAAGCAAGCGAGACUCCCGUUCAAGCUUAUUAGCGAUGUAUCACCUAAGCCAGUGGCUCCUCAAACUAGAAAGCGCAAGCUUUCUGCAUCAGACACGGAUACAGUUACUAAAAUAGGUAAAAUCAGUAAGGAGAAUGACUUAGUCGAAGAACCAGUGAUAAUUAGUGAUGAUGACAGUAGAAGCGGUGAGAAUCCACCAAAAGAGGAUAAAUCUAUGAAUCCUUUUGUAAAACUAGUGGAUACAGCUUGGAAAAAGAAGUUACAAAAGUCAAAAAAGAAGAAGGGUGGUAAAAAGUCAUCCAAAGCUGCAGGCAAUGGGUCUGUGGAAGUUGAAGACCUAACUAACAGUGCCGACAACAAAGAAGCCGACUCUGAGAUGAUGGAUGUAGAUGAAACUCCUUCCACUGAAGUAAAUGGUUCUCAAACUGACUCAGAAGAAACAGCAUCUAAAACAGAACUUUUUACAUCUUCACCAAAACAACAGUCUGUAACUACUUCAUCACCUAAAAAUCAAACCCCAUUAAAAACUUCUCCUCAAAGAAAUACAGGUAAAAAUUCUUCACCUCAAAGUGAAAAAACUGCCUCAAAAUCUUCCCCAAAACGUAAGACUUCAACAAAGUCUUCACCUAAAAGUCAGUCUACCAGCAAAAGUUCUGCUAAAGGAGAGGCCAAAACAAAGUCUCCCCCAAAAUCAGAGACCACAACACAGCCAUCACCAAACAAUGAAUCAUCUACAAAAUCAGAACCUAAUGAAGUUAUAAUUUUAGAAGAUUCAACUAAUGACAAUAAACCUACAGAUACUGAUAUGGGAAAAGAAAUCAAUACUACUGUAAAUGAUGAAGAAAAUGAUAAUGACACAACUCAAAGUUCAGAGAUUAAUGACUCUUCAAUGGUUGAGGAUGUCAAUGAGGACUCAGAAAAAUCAAAUAAGAAACCCAACAAAUCCCCUUCUAAGAAAGUGGCAGCAGCAAAUCAAAUUACUCCCAAACGGAGUGCUCGUAAUAUUGCUAAAGCUGAACAGAAUAAUAAUAAAGGUUCUCCGAGCAAGCUUAAUGAGUCUAUGACUUCUAACACAUCAACUCCUAAACAGACUCCUAAGACUAGCAGGAGUUCUUCAGUUACUAAUAGCCAGGGUGAUGUGUCCUUGAAUGAGUCUACAACAUCUGCCAAUUUAACACCUAAGCAGUUACAGAAAAGGUUGGAAUCUGCAAAAAAGAAAGAAGAACGAGAAAAAGAAAAACAGGAAAGAGAGAAAAAGAGACAGCAGGAAAAAGAAGAAAGAGCUAAGUUGAAACAAGAGAAAGAAGAUCAAAAGAAGAAGGAGCGUGAGGAAAAAGAAGAGGCUAAGAGGAAGGAAAAGGAAGAAAAAGAAGAACAGAAGAGGAAAGAAAAAGAAGAAAAGGAAAAACAAAAGGAAUUGGAAAAAAAACUUAGAGAAGAGAAAGAAGAGCAAAAACGCAAAGAAAAGGAAGAAAAAGAGGAACAAAGAAAGAAAGAGAAGGAGGCGAAGGAGGAAGAGAAACGCAAGAAACAAGAGGCUUUAGAACUUGAGAAGCAAGAACAAGAACUGAAAAAGAAAAAGGCAGCAGAAGCUUUUGUCAACUUCUUUGUUCCAAAACAGAAGACAGACAAAGAACAAACAACUGAUUCCUGUAUCAGCAAAACAAGCAUGCUAUCCAACUUCAUGAUCAAAAACGAUAUGCGUUUAGCUCCAUUAGUAAGAGUUGAUUUAAGCCAAGACAGGAAAGAAGAAUUAGUGAAAUUAAUAGAAAAUCAGACUGUUUCAGAGAAAGGUUUAUACUUGAAUUGUUUGAAGGAUGGGACGAAAAAACCUUUGUCGAGUGGAAAGACUUGGCCUUUGAGUGAUAAAGAUGAUGAUGAUGAUGUUAUGAUUGUUGAGGAUGAAUUACCCAUGCCAGAUGAUGCUGGCGAGAUCCUAACUUGUGAGCCAGCUCAACGAGAAAAGUUGAGACCCAAGUUGCUGAGUUUCCACGAAAAUCGGCGCCCACCAUAUUGGGGUACUUGGAGAAAGAAGAGUGCAUGUGUCAAGCCUAGAAGACCUUUUGGACAAGAUGAGAAACAAGUGGACUAUGAAGUGGACAGCGAUGAGGAAUGGGAAGAGGAACAGGAGGGUGAAAGUAUUGAUGGAAGCGCUGCCGGCAGUGAUGAUGAACAGGAUGCUGAUGAAUAUGAAGUGGAUAAUGUUGUGUUUGUGCCCCAUGGAUAUCUUAGUGAUGAGGAAGCAACUAUGGAUGAGGAUGAUAUGCUCUCCCUGUCUCCAGAAACUCAAAAACAAAGACUGAAACAUUUAGAAGACGAAUUUGAGUCUGAAAUGAAGAAGCCAACGGAAAAGCUUAAGCCUAGAAUGUAUGGUUUGCUGUGGGAGACGGCAGAUGGCGGGAAACCAGAGAAAUGCGUGGACGCCUUGUGGAACUACUUUGGAAAGUUAUCUAUGAUCAUGAAUGAUCCAACUCCAUUGUUACAACCAGCCAGUGAGCCCGAAGAAACAGAGAAAAAGAAGGUCAAAAAGAAGAAGGUUCCAAAAGAACCAGUAGAGGGCGAGCCUAAACCGAAAAGCCCUAAAAACGAAAAAAAGAGAAAAUCUAAAGCAGAUGAAAAGGAAAAAACUCCUAAAUCUGAAACAAAAAAGAAUGUUCCUGAAGCAAAGAAGAACCAGCCUGGUAUUAACAUGUUUUUAACAAAGUUAAAAUCAUCAUAAAUCAUUAUUUCAUGUUAAUGUAUUUAGCUUGUUUUAUUGAAAGUAAGUUUUAAAUAUCAUUGGCUAUUGGCUUUACUUAUGACUUAAUCUCAUUUUCUGUAAUAAUUUAGUAAAUACAGUAUAAAUAAAAUAGGACAGACAACAAUAUUCUUGCAAUUAUUUUUAACAAGUGCAGUAUCGAUAAAUAUAAUAUUUAUGAAAAAAAAAAAUUCUUGUAUCUGUAGGCAUGUGGUAAAAAGAUUCAUCCAAAAAUUGUAUGAUUGUAAAAUUAUGGUUGUAAGGUCAAGCUCUACUUUUUUAAAUUAAUAUGUGUGUGUGAUUCCUGUGUGUUCCACCUUGCAGCAUGAUAUAGAUACAAAAGGAGUUUUGCAAAACUUUGUGAUGCCAGUACUUAUGGAUGUGCCUCAAUGAAAUGCCUAUUCAUAUGUUCAAUAUAAUAAAAUGUAUUCUGCACCUAUUUUAUUGAUUAGAUAAUUAUUUUUACUAUGAUGGUUUGAUCAAAUCAUAGACUGAUACAAGUUCUAAAUGAUAGUUAUUGUAAUGUUGAGUGCUACAUAUAAAUAUUUGUAUUGAAAUGCAUAAGCUGUAAAUAUCAAUUAAAAUUUUGCUAAGUAUUGACAAUAGCAUGUAUGUUAUAGAUAUUAUUCAUUAAAAUAUUCAUUUAUAGUACACAUUUAUUUUUCUUUAAUU